ACUCAUGCAGAAAUAUCCUGACAAUCUGAGACAGUCAGACACAACUUCAGAGAGCUUCGUCAUUAUGAGGACAGAGACUGGAUCAGUAAAAAUUCCAAUGGCUGAAAGUGAACCCCGGAGAUCCUCAAAUUACUGGCACAACAGUGACUGUCAUAUUACAUCUCCUACUUCUUGUCCCCGGGUCAAGAGCCCGUUUCAAAAAAGAUCAUCAAUGGGGCUGAGCGCUGCCCACCACCAUUCAGACAGUUACAACUUGAAGAUCACAGGGAGGUCCUCGUCCAUUAGCACGGACGGCUCUACAAAGCUGACGCUGGAGAAAGCCAUCAUGUUGACCCUUGCUGUUGAAAGAUUCAAGAAGAUAUUGCAGCAGCCAUGCAGAGACAGCUGGGGCUGUGAAAGUACUUGCUUUGAAGAUACUGACUUGCUUGGAAACUUCAAUGCACUUGUAGAAGAAGCCAUCACCUACACCGACUAUGAAGAUACUGAAGUGGUGCCCAGCUCCUACAGGUUCAUGAAGACUGAGUGUCAGCAGGUGAGGGAUGAACAAGACAAAUGCCUGAAGUUAUCAGAGAACCUCCAACUCCUGGCCAUGUUCUUGCAGCAGCCAUCAGACGAAGUAACACUGAAUGUGAGGUACUACAAGGCAACUGCCAGUGAAGUAAAUUACUUGCCAGUUGUUCUGGGAAUAAACAAUCAGAAUAUGUUCCUCUCGUGCUCAGGGCCACCAGACAAUCCCAGGAUGCGGGUGGAGAAAUGGGAUCAGAAUUUGCAAAAUAUCAGUAGUGCCACUGACCUGCUUCGCUUUGUGUUCUUCAAGAAGGCUUCAAGUGCAGGCCAUUACUUUGAGUUUGAGUCGGCUCUGUACCGUGGGUGGUACAUCAGCACAUCCAGCAGGAACAAACAGCCGGUUGAAAUGGACAUAAAGGAACACCGCAAGAGAAUCACGAUCUUCACAGCUAAAUGAGGCAUUUUAAGUCUCUAUACUGUUCAGAACUCAAUCAGAAAUUGUUGGUUUAGAGAGUAUGUAUGUACUAAGUACAGAGUAUCUCUUAUAUGAUUCAUAGUUGAUAGAACUAUCUUCUGAUUACUGAGAUGUACAGGCAGCAAUAUUUGCUUGCUCGUAUCUUUUAUCAUUUGGAAUUAUUUAUUGGUGAACAAAGUGUGCUGAGUUUUGGAAUUCAUAAGUAUAAUAUUUCAAUAUUUAUUGUUAUUAUUUAAAUUACUGUUGUACUGGAGGAGAAACCUUCUCAUUGAUUGAUUAAAUAUAUUAUU